CAACCUGAAACUGGCAGAUAGAAGCAUACAGUUCAGCUUUCUUGUCGUGCCGUGGCGUGCUGGGUUCCUGCCUACACCUUACAUACACACACACACACACACACACACACUCCCACACCUGAGCAUUCCACCUUUAAGUACCUGGAUACAAACUGCGCGGCUGUGAACUAUAAGAACCUAAGAAUUAUCUUUAUCUAGCGUCAGAGAUACAGCUUAACCGUAUAGAUAUAGAUAAACGUUAUCUUAUCGUGGACAUCCUUUGGCGUUAGGGGAAUCAAGUGGUUAUCUCCCGUUCGGUGGCUGGGUGUUAUCUGGCGUGAUGCGGCUGUUCGGAUGGGAGACCACGUUCGGCUACGGCUCCAGCGGCAGUGGCCCGGAGUCCCUGGAACCAGAAGGAGGCGCUGACGCUAACAUGGAACUCACGCCAGAGAGAAAGGAGGCGAUCUCGCAGUUCAGGGAGCGAGUGGCGCCCCUGCUGCCCCCAGACCAGCGGCACGACCACGCCCUGCUGCAGUGGCUGAUUGCACGGAGCUUCAAUGUGGACAAGGCUGAGCAAAUGUUGAAAAAGAGCCUGGAGUGGCGGCGGGAGUUGGGGGUGGACACCGUGCUGGAGUGGGAGGCACCCGAGGUGCUCACCAAGUACUACCCAGUGGGCAUGGCCGGGCACGACAAGACAGGAUGCCCCGUGUGGGUGAUCCCCUACGGUGGGUGUGACAUGCGGGGACUGCUGUCCAGCGUUAAGAAGGCAGACUACAUUCGUUACACUAUUCGAGUGCUGGAGGCAUCACGGCGAGACAUGCAGCAGCAGACUCAGCAGCUCGGUUGGCCUGUCAAUCAGCAGUGCUGCAUCUUUGAUCUUGACAAUUUCUCUCUCAAACAUGUGACGUGGAAGCCUGCCAUGGACGUCAUCCUGGAAUUAGUGCAGCUGUAUGAAGCAAACUACCCAGAAUUUCUCAAGUGUGCCUACGUCAUCAAUGCCCCCAAGGUGUUCACACUUGCCUAUGCUCUCAUCAAGCCCUUCCUACAUGAGGUGACCCUCAAGAAGAUCAAGAUAUUUGGCCAGAGUGGGUGGAAGGAGGUGCUGCGGCAGGACAUUGAGCCUGGCCAGCUGCCUCAGCACUGGGGCGGUUCACGCACUGACCCUGACGGCAAUCCCAAAUGUCCCUCCCAGAUCUGUCUCGGGGGAGAGGUGCCAAAGAAGUACUACCUCAGCCUCAGCAAGAGCAACCUUUCCAAACUCACAGAGAAUGAGAACCUGAGUUCCAUUACACUCAGCAAAGGAGGGAAGAAGAGACUAAAAUAUGAAGUAAAGAAGCCUGGAUCCCACCUCAGGUGGGAAUUCAGAACAGAGGACUUUGACAUUGGCUUUGGUGUGUCAAGAAAAUUGAAGAAGGGGGAGGAGGAAGUGCUGGUGCCUCUACAGAGAGUGAACUCCCAGCUGGUGACAGAGGAGGGAUACCUGGUGUGCACUGAACCAGGAACCUAUGUGGUAACGUUUGACAAUGAGUUCAGCUACAUGCGCUCCAAGAAGGUCCUGUACUCUGUGAGUGUGGUGAAGCCAGACAACCUGACGGAGGAGUGACAUGACGCCCUGGACUCGCCUGUGGACGCCUCUUGAGAGAAGGAAGCACUUGCCAAACCACUUCUUUCCAUGUUGAAAUUGUGAAGCACUUGCCAAACAGUUCUUUCCAUGUUGAAAUUAUUAGGUAGAAGUGAUGGUCAUGAACACAAAUGUGACAAAGGAAUCCUCUAAGAGCAAACUUGUACCACAUAAGUUAUACUCCCUUAUGUGUCUUUCUCUCUGUUUUGUCUUUCUCUUCCUCUCUUGAAAUUAUAUAUAUAUAUAUAUAUAUAUAUAUAUAUAUAUAUAUAUAUAUAUAUAUAUAUAUAUAUAUAUAUAUAUAUAUAUAUAUAUAUAUAUAUUAUAUACACACACACACACACACACACACUAUAUAGUCCCCCUAUACAUCUUUCUGUCUGUCUACUUUCCCUCUCUACUUGCUCUCUUUGUCUUAAAACAUGUAAACUGUGUACAUAAUUUUUUUUAAUAUUCAGAUGUUUGCAGCUAUUUAUUCUCUAUACUUUAUGUGUGUGUGUGUGUGUGUGUGUGUGUGUGCGUGUGUUGGGAUGUCUGUGCUCUGAGUACUGUAAGGAACCAGUACAUACUGUGCCUUUACUCCUUCAUUUGUUAAAGUCUCAGGACAUUUCUUAGUGUUCUUGUCUGUGAUGUUUAUAUAACCCCAACAUGUGAUAAAGCUUCAAAUUAUGUUUUUAUAAGAGAUUACUCAACAGGAUAUUUUAAGCUGCAGGAUUUAUAUGCAGACAUCUCUGUUAGGGCAUUAGUAUUAGUUAGGACAUUUAAGUAGUUAGUGCAUGUAGUUUGUUUCAAGACUAUGAACUGUGGAGCUUGCAUAUUUUGGGUAUAUUUUUGCUAAACUUUCUACUACCUUUUGCACAACUUAUUGCCUUGACUAAGGUAACACUAACAUUUUUAACCAUCAGUAUUAAUGUUAGUUGUACAUACACAUUUUAUGUAAAAGUAUCCUGUAACAAGAAAUUGACGUGCUCUAUACAGAAGUGUAAUUUUUAGCCAUUUUUAGAAUACCCAAGUAAUAGUAAGUCUAAUACAUACUUUCUUCAAUAUUUAGAAAUAUUUAGUAGUCUUGAAAUUCUUUGAGUUGCACUCUGUUUCUUUAUUUUUUUCUUUUUCUUUUUAGACUCUUUCAAUGCUUCCCAUAAGUGUUUGGCCUCAGUCUUUGUUUUCUAGUUACUGGUGGACAGCACCCAUAUGGCACUGGUAUGACCUGCUGUCUCUUCAGAUUGUUAUGUGAACUACCUCUAAGGGCAUGUUAUUGUUCAAUCCAAUGGAUAAAUUUUCCCACUUUUCUUUAGUCGGUGAACCUCAUGGUCUAUCAUCAUUACUUGUUACCAUCUCUUAUACAGAAUGCAAUUAGUUGCCAGCUACUUGCAAGAAACUUUCACAGUCCAAACCAGUGUUUGAUGUCAGGGUUUCUUUUUAAGUGCAGCAAAAACUGUCUUGAUAAACAAACCAUUCUCAGGGUAAGAAAAAAUGCUACCGAGUUCACUUGGGGAGUGCCAGAAGUUGGUUUUGUUUUAAGCUUUCUGGCUGAUGUUCUCUAAAAACAUAUCUAGAUCAGUUUCAUUGAAUAUAAGAGACCAUCACUAUGCUGGUGCUGCCUGGUGCCCACUGGUCUCAGUGUCAAGCAUAGAGCUACUUAUCACAUCACCAACACAACACCAGUGCACAAUGAACAAGGACUGAGGAAUUAUUUUAGGCCAAAGUGAAUCUGUACAGCAAAACAACUUAAUGUUGAAUUAAAAUCCAAAAUAAAAUAUUUUCUAUCAAA